UUCUCUUUUAACACCUUUGCACUUCAACGACACCUCGCUUGCUUUCUCCAAAAGCCAGUUCUUGGAACCCAACAUGGAAAAUGCAUUGACUUUGCUAGAAACAUGUUCAAACAUGGUGGAAUUGGAACAGAUACAUGCCCAGAUGUUUAAAAGAGGCCUUGUUUCAGAUGUCAUCCCCGCAAGCAAGCUCCUAAGUUUCUGUGUUUUACCCAAUUCUGGCAAUUUGGCUUACGCCCGAAUGAUCUUCGACAGAUUUAGCAAACCCAACACUUUCAUGUGGAACACAAUGAUUAAAGGAUAUGCAAACAGUAAUGAGCCAGAAGAAGCUUUACAUCUUUACCAUCAAAUGGUCUGCCAUUCAGUUCCGCACAACAAUUACACGUUCCCUUCACUGCUUAAAGCCUGUUCUUGCUUGUCAGCGUUGAAAGAAACCCAACAAAUCCACGCUUGCAUCAUAAAGAUGGGGUUUAGCUCAGAAGUCUACGCCAUUAAUUCCUUAUUGCACGUUUAUGCCGUAACUGACAGCUUCCACUCGGCAAAUCUUCUGUUCAAUCGAAUCCCAGAGAGAGACAUUGUUUCUACAAACUCGAUGAUCAAUGCAUAUGCGAAAUGUGGUGAAAUGGGGAAAGCCAAUGCGUUGUUUCGAAACAUGCCGGAGAGAAAUGUUAUUUCAUGGACAACAAUGAUUUACGGAUUUGUUAAUGCAGGCUUGGAUAAAGAAGCUUUGUACUUGUUUCAUGAAAUGCAAGUGGCCGGUGUCAAACCUGACAGUGUGACACUGGCAAGCACUCUCUCGGCUUGUGCCUGUCUUGGGGCAUUGGACCAAGGCAGCUGGAUACACUCUUAUAUUGGAAGGAAUCAAAUCCAUAUCGAUCCAAUCUUGGGUUGUGUUCUUAUAGACAUGUAUGCCAAGUGUGGCAACAUGGAACAAGCUCUCAAAGUUUUUGGAAAUCUGAAGAAGAAAGAUGUCUCUACCUGGACAGCAAUAAUUGCAGGUUUUGCAAUUUAUGGACGGGGAAGAAAAGCUCUUGACUGGUUUAAGCAGAUGCAGAGUCAAAACGUUAAGCCAAACCUCAUCACUUUCACUGCAAUUUUGACUGCUUGUAGUUAUGCAGGGUUAGUCAAUGAAGGAAAAUCAUUAUUUCAAAGCAUGAAACCUGUUUAUAAGCUGAACCCUUCAAUAGAGCAUUACGGUUGCAUGGUUGAUCUUCUUGGCCGUGCAGGCUCGCUGGAAGAAGCAAAACAGUUGAUUGAGAAAAUGCCUUUUGCGCCGAAUGCUGCCAUAUGGGGGGCACUCCUUAACGCCUGCUGGAUUCAUAGACAUCUCGAGUUAGGCAAAGAGAUAGGAAAACUCCUGAUCGAACUCGACCCAGAACAUCAUGGAAGGUACAUUCAUUUGUCAAGCAUUCAUGCUGCAGCCGGAGAAUGGAACCAAGCAAUAGAAGUGAGGAGGCGGAUGAAAGAUUUGGGAGUUCGGAAACUUCCUGGCUGCAGUGUCAUUAGCCUAAAUGGGAUAGUUCAUGAAUUUUUUGCCGGGAAUGGCUCUAAUUUGCACAUGGGAGAGAUUUGUCAUAUGUGGCAACUGAUGGCAAAGAGAAUGAGACAAGAAGGAUACGAACCUGUAACAGGAGACUUGUUACUUGAUCUUGAGGAUGAGGAGAAACAAACAGCAAUCCAACAGCACAGUGAGAAGCUUGCAAUGGCCUUUGGGCUAAUGAGAAGUAAACCAGGAGUAACAAUUCGGAUUUUCAAGAAUCUACGGGUUUGUGAGGACUGCCAUAGGGCAGCGAAGCUCGUAUCAAAGAUUUAUGGUAGAGAUAUAAUUUUGCGUGAUAGAGUUCGUUUUCAUAUUUUCAGGGAAGGGAACUGCUCUUGCGGAGAUUACUGGUGAAAAAAGAUUGUGAAUUGCA